AUGCCUUCCAUCGAGCCCCAAAGUGAAGCAGGCCUUCGCCGCAAGCCGAGGACUUGUCUCAAGGCGGUGCUCUUACCAAUGGUGGCGUUUGUUCUGGCACCCUUUGGUCAUGCAGGUGCUUUAUCCUUCGUAGCAUCUCCAUCCAUGGCCAGCCGAGUGGGGUCGAGAAGCCGCACGAAGCAGUUCUUGGAACUCAAGGCGGCUCGAGAGGAGCUAGAUUUGAAUGAGGAAGAUGGGGAUGAAGGAGAUGAAGAUUUCUUCGAAGGGGAAGAGGCAGGGCUGGCAAAGCUGGCUGCCGAUCCUGGAGAUGCUCUUUCUGAGAGGCAAUCGAAGGCUGAUGUUGCUCGCCAGAGAUUGUGGAAUAUGCCCAAGGAUGUGACACCGUACAUGCAGGUGGAAACCGUCACCUAUCAGAACAAAGAGAAGCUAGCUAGAACCCGGAACCUUGUCGUGCUGAAGGCCAAGAACUCGAAGGCCAUGUUGCAGAAGUCGCAGAAAAUCAUCAAGCAGGGCACCUUGUCAAGCAUUCGAAUGAAGAGGCUGAAGAGGUACGGACGGGGUGAAUUCGGAAGAGACAACGCCUUGCAGUGGAAUCGCCCAGGCCGCCGAGCUUUCCGAAUGCGAAGUGGCAUGAAGGACCUGCGCUACGCAGAUGACCUGGAGCGGUCUCAGCGUCGAAAGAAGGAUCUGAGGCCCGUUGAUUGGAAGAACAAGCGGAGGCGUCCAGGCCAAGGUGAACACAAAAAGAGAUGGAUCGGAAGCUCAUUCAGAUACGGCAGAGGAACGACGAUCUCAAGGAGGUGA